AUGUUACCGGUUUCGCGACCCGAAGGCCAGAUGAGUUUCAACUACAUUCCGACCUCCCAGCCCAUGUCCGGGACCUCGACAGGACGCAGCUCACCUAGCGACUUGGCUGGAUCCGGAACGGUGAAGGCACCCUUUGGCCCCCCCGGGUCCAUUGGUGCUGCGAGACUGGGGGCUGGAUCCCCCUCGGAGUUGGGGGGACGCUUGUACCCCAAGCGAGCCCGUGAGAUCCAAGCGCAAGAAGGCGUGUCUCCUAAUAUCUGGGGCCCUCCGACCAGUGGCCAUUCCACCCCGCUUCGUGAGAACAUCCCCGAAUCACCCAGCCAGGAUAGUUUCCCCGACCUGAUUCCUACUUCCAAUGUGUCCAUGUCUGGCUCCGGCCGCAGGGCUCGAGCUGGGACAGUGCCUUCCCGAUUCCCACCGAUGGCGACUCUCAGUGAAAUGGACCUUCAGCAGCCAUUCAUCUCGCAAACCUCCCGGCCCACACCAUCUACCAGUCCAUUCCGCCCCCCGGGUGUCUCUGGGAUUGAUACGGGCGCGCAAGUUGCCAGCUCGGGUGCACCCAACCCGGCCUUGUUGUCCCGUCUUCGAGCUGGCUCGAUGCCGCAAAGGAGCGGUUUGCUUGGAUCAGGCAAUCCUUUCGGCUCGUCACUGUUCACUUCGGCGUGGGGAACUGGUCGCGAUCGUGCUUCAACCUUGACUAGUAUUCGAUCUUCAGAAGACCCAACUUCACCCAGUCAUUCUUCGUUCUCGCGGGAUGGGCUCACGGACUCUGAUAGAACUCUGGAUUACCUUGGUCUUGCCGAGACUCCCCAGUCCGCACGGGCGUCUCUUGCACGGCCAUCGAUGGAAGCUCUCUUGCAGCAGCAGCAACAGCAGCAACAGCACGCGCCAGGAUUGCCAGGACUUUUUGACAUGGCAAUGAUGAAAAGCAACAACCGCUUCCGUUCUUAUUCCGUUAAUGCCAAAGAGAAGUAUGCGGAUGACGAAGACAUGGAAUAUGAAAGUCGCUACUCCCAGCUUCCUUCGGGAACUCUCACGCCAUCUGCCGCUGCGACAGCUGCUCAACUAGCCGCAACGCAGGCCCAAAUCCACCAGCACAAUCUGGCUGUCCAGGCUUUUGCUUCUCAUGCUUCCGUUAGCCGGCCUCGAGCCCGGACUGCCGGCAUUCUAGAGGCGCCCCCUACCCGAUCAUCCAUUCGUAAUUACCUCGCGACUCCCUCGCGUCUGGACAAUUCAUUCAAUGCCGAGGAUCUCAUUGGGGAGAAUGAUUACGAUGAGUUGUCUGAGUCUGUCCUAGGGUUACAACUAGGUGCAAACGCCGUUGCGAUGGGUAUGCGGGCAACGGGUGAGAUGGCAGAUGAGAACAACCAAGAUGGACCUACUCGAGCGCUGUGGAUUGGCAGUAUUCCCGUGUCGACAACUGUCACUUCCCUUGAAGCCAUCUUCGGUGUGUACGGAAAAAUUGAGUCUACUCGUGUCUUGACUCACAAGAAUUGUGGAUUUGUCAACUUUGAGCGUCUGGAAAGUGCAGUACAGGCGAGGUCGGUUCUGAAUGGCAAAGAGAUCUUCCCAGGCGCAGGACCUGUCCGAAUCGGUUAUGCCAAGGUUCCUGGUGCUUCUGCGACAGGCACUCCUGGUGCAAAUGGUAUCCAGUCAUCCCCAACCCCCGAUUCCACUUUCAAGUCCAACCUCGCGUCCGGUGAUGGCCUGGAUCGGGCAGAGACUGGCUCAGUUCCCCAGAUUCCCGCCCUCAAUGAUCUUCUUCCUGAGAUGGUGGACAUUGUCCAGGAGUUUGGGGCCAACGAGGAUGACACACACAACAUCACAAACAUCAUUCAAAGUGCUAUCUCUUUCCAAAACUAUGAGGACGAACUUCCUCCCGUCCUUGAGCCGAGCCAGACUCGGAUGUUUGAUGCUCCUCGUCUCCGUGACAUUCGCAAGCGAAUCGACGCUAAUACUUGCUCCAUUCAAGAGAUUGAAGAAACUGCUGGCGCAAUGCUUCCUGAAAUUGCAGAGCUGGCUUCUGAUUACCUGGGUAAUACCGUCGUUCAAAAGCUCUUUGAGUUCUGCUCCGAGUCCACCAAAGAACAGAUGCUUUCCCACAUUGCGCCUCAUCUUGCGGAAAUCGGUGUCCACAAGAAUGGAACUUGGGCUGCACAAAAAAUCAUUGAUGUUGCCAAGACCCCUACCCAGAUGAACAUGAUUGUUGACGCACUUCGUCCAUACACUGUUCCACUCUUCCUUGAUCAAUACGGCAACUAUGUGCUCCAAUGCUGCUUGCGGUUUGGUGCUCCUUACAACAAUUUUAUCUUUGAGACUAUGCUUAGUCGGAUGUGGGAGGUUGCUCAGGGCCGAUUCGGCGCCCGAGCCAUGCGCGCUUGCUUGGAAAGCCACCUUGCAACAAAGGACCAGCAACGGACUCUUGCUGCAGCCAUUGCACUUCACACAGUGCAGCUGGUGACCAAUGCCAAUGGGGCUCUUCUGCUCACUUGGUUCCUUGACACCUGCAACUUCCCCCGCCGUCGGACUGUUCUUGCUCCAAGACUUGUUCCUCAUCUUGUACACCUUUGCACCCACAAGGUAGCCUACCUCACAGUUCUCAAGGUCAUCAACCAGCGUAAUGAGGCCGAGGCCAGAGACAUCAUUCUGAAGGCCUUGUUCUUCAGCCCUGGUGACGAAGUCUUGGAGAAGAUUUUGAGUGACCAGACUUCCGGUGCGACCUUGAUUUUCAAGGUUUUGACCACUCCGUUCUUUGAGGAGUCCAUGCGUGCGGAAGUAGUUAAGAACGUUGCAAAGGUUUUGACAAAAUUGAAGGCCUCUCCUAGCCAGGGAUACAAACGCCUGAUGGAUGAAGUUGGCCUCUCCUCGCGUGGAACCGGCCGUGAACAUCAUCAUGGACGGGAGCACGGCGCAAGCCACUCUUCUACCCCUGAGAAGCCCCAACAACGUCAAUCCUCCCGACACGGAAGUGCCAACUACCCCUCCCAGCCUCCUAUGGAAAGACAGUACAGUGGACAGUUCCCUGACUCCCGCCCUUUCCCUGCCGACCAUAACAAUGCCCCGCAACUUGAUCCAUACACCAGCAAUGGCAACAACGGGUUCACGAACCCUUUGAACGGUCUUGGUGGUGGUGCUGGAUUACCGGAUCAUGUGGCCCAGUUUUCUCAGCAGCAGUACCAAAACUACCUCCAAGGACGGGGAGUGUCUCCUAGUGGCUUUUACGGGACCAAUGGAACCAACCUCGCGUACUCGCCGUCAGUGGAGCACUUGCGAUCUAUUCAAAACCCGCAGGCGUCGCCGUUGUCAGCAGGGCCCAUCCCCAUGGGCGGUCUGUCCAACUACCCUUCCCAACAGUACAGCCCUGUGAUGCCUCCUGCUCAGGUCUACCCAUACCCUCCGCAGUACUACCAGCAGCCGCAGUCUGUCCAGGGACAGUCUAGCGGAGGCCGACGUGGACGGCGUUGA